CUCUUGCUGUGCGUUUGUUCCUCCUCUCUUUUACGUGCUCUACCAUUCUUCUUUUCUUCUUUCGUCUUCUCUCACUUGCUCACACGCGCUUGCUGUCUCUCGUUUCCCCUUCCGCGCUCCUUCUCGCAUCGUCCAGCGCCCCUCAUCCCUCCCCUUUUCUCCGUUCUAUAAGUCUUUUUCUAUCCUUUCAGGUUUGUUCCCCUUAGAGUAAAAAUCGUGUCUUUUUAACAACACGCGAUUCUCUCGAUCCAUAGCGUCGUACGCCGGUUUUCGCCAUCCGCGAAGCGUAACCUCUCUCGCGCCACCGAGAUGGAUCAUUGAAGCCGUCUCUCUCUCUUUCGUCGUGCCUCGUAUUUCGUCGUUCUUGUCGUUGUCAUCGCUAUCGUUCGUGGUCGGUCUCACACGCCACUUUGCUUCGCCGUACGAACUCGUCAUUACUAUGUGGUGGCGACGUAUGCCUUACUCUCGAUAACGGUUGAAUCGCACAGGCGCUCCUUGCGACUAAAGUCCGUCACUAUUUGAUGUCUGCUGGGUCACAAAUUCAGAUGGCACCCCAAACAACCGUAAACUCUGGUCAGACAGUUCAUAGUCAAGACUCGAACAUGAGCACUGGCUCAUCGCAUAGUGAUAAGGAGGUGGAUGCAAACACUCCAGAAAAAGUACCACGGACUACUUCUGAGAGGAAAAGAAAGCGUAAAGCUGACGAUGGAGGUGGAGGUGUCGCAGGUGGCUCUGUAGCUAGUAAAGGCGCUAGAUCAGUUGCUGCUCUUGAUAAUAAGAAGAUCAAUGAGUAUUUUCCAAAGCAUCAUCUGGGUAAUAGUCCUAUUCGGCAUGGUGGAGCCAAGAGUCCCUCCCCUCAACAGGGUUAUCCUAUGUAUCCGCCAUCACCUCAACAGUUACUCUCGCCACAAGUAACAACACCUAAUUCUUCGGUGGCGGAAUUCUCUUCGUUGAUGCAGCCACCAAGACCUCAUCCUCAACCUCCACCACCUCCACCACCAGCUUCGUCGCAACCUGCAGGCUCAAUGGUCAGCAAGCAGGUGCAGGUAAGGCCUACCAACCUCAAUAGGACAAGCCAGGUCAGGCAAGCGAAGACUAACACCCCAAAUACAGAACUUACUUGCCAGAGGAUACAGGAAUUUGAAACCCAAGCCUCUUCAGACUUAGAACUACGUAAUAAUAAAAUUGACGAGUUAAAUAGGACAACGGACGAACUUAGGCAUCAAAUGGCUAAUCAACAGAAAGUGAUUGAGCAGCACAAAUCACAUAUAAAUAAGUGUAUAGACGUUGUAAAGAAGUUAUUAAAAGAAAAAUCAAACAUAGAAAAAAAGGAGGCUAGGCAGAAGUGUAUGCAAAAUAGACUGAGGUUGGGCCAGUUUGUGACGCAAAGGGUAGGCGCGACAUUUCAAGAGAACUGGACUGACGGUUACGCAUUUCACGAGCUUGCGCGACGGCAAGAGGAGAUAGCAACAGAGCGGGAAGAGAUCGACAAGCAGAAGAAGCUGCUGCUCAAGAAGAGGCCGUCAAACAGCGAGACCGGCAGGAAACGUAGUCAACCGCAACCUUCCUUGCAUAACGGCACUGAGGCGACAUUUUUGAAACCAGAUGCAGUACCUGGGUCGUAUACGUGGCAGGAGUAUUAUGAAGCUGAUGAAAUACUUAAGUUGAGGCAAAGCGCGUUGAAAAAGGAAGACGCGGACUUGCAACUAGAAAUGGAAAAACUCGAGAGGGAACGGAAUUUACACAUCAGAGAGUUAAAGCGUAUUCACAACGAGGACCAAUCGAGAUUUAACUCUCAUCCUGUUCUGAAUGAGCGUUACCUCUUAUUAAUGUUAUUAGGAAAAGGCGGUUUCAGUGAAGUGCAUAAGGCAUUUGACUUAAAAGAGCAACGGUACGUGGCUUGUAAGGUGCAUCAAUUAAAUAAAGACUGGAAAGAAGAUAAGAAGGCUAAUUAUAUAAAGCAUGCAUUGCGAGAAUAUAAUAUACACAAAGCAUUGGAUCAUCCUCGAGUCGUAAAAUUGUACGAUGUAUUUGAAAUUGAUGCCAAUUCCUUUUGUACUGUUCUGGAAUAUUGUGAUGGCCAUGAUUUAGAUUUUUACCUCAAGCAGCAUAAGACUAUACCUGAAAGAGAAGCGAGAUCUAUUGUUAUGCAAGUCGUAUCGGCAUUAAAGUACCUCAAUGAAAUAAAACCUCCAGUCAUACAUUAUGACCUGAAGCCAGGUAACAUUUUAUUAACCGAAGGCAACGUGUGCGGUGAAAUAAAAAUCACUGACUUCGGGUUGAGUAAAGUCAUGGAUGAGGAAAAUUAUAAUCCAGAUCACGGAAUGGAUCUAACGUCCCAAGGAGCGGGUACUUAUUGGUAUCUGCCUCCUGAAUGCUUCGUCAUUGGCAAAAAUCCUCCUAAAAUAUCGUCUAAGGUUGACGUAUGGAGCGUAGGAGUUAUAUUUUAUCAAUGUUUAUACGGUAAAAAGCCUUUCGGUCACAAUCAAUCGCAAGCCACCAUUUUAGAGGAGAAUACGAUACUAAAAGCCACUGAAGUCCAGUUCGCGAAUAAACCAACCGUCAGCAACGAAGCAAAGAGUUUCAUAAGAAGUUGCCUAGCGUAUAGGAAGGAGGAGCGUAUAGACGUACUGACACUAGCUAGACAUGAAUACCUGCAACCCCCAGUGCCAAAACAUGGCCGCCAAGCGAACAGCCAGCAGCAGCAACAACAACAACAGAUACAGCAGCAGCAGCAGAGCUCGUUCAAUAUCGGCAUGUUUAGUGGUAUGAAUGCGUCGAGCAGUUCGUAGUGGAGAGGAAGGACUAAGGACAAAAUCCUCGAUAUAUACCAAUACAUGCCAAAUCUUGAGCGCUCGGACUGUGUACACCAUCUCAUCUUAGGGAAAUAACGAUUGCUAUAACCAAUUGUAAAUACUAAAACCGGAUACUAUCAUCGUCACCACUUACCAUCAUCACCACUACUACCACCACCACCACCACUACCACCUAUCACCAUCACCACCACAAUUAUUACCACAUUUACCACGGCCAUCACCACACCAUCACAACUAUACUUACAGGAUCAACUACAUAGGACAUUGCAAGAGAGAUGCGAGACUGGUCACCCGCAAGUCCAGGAGCUUGCGUCUUUCUACAAACCACGCCACAUUAUUCAGCAUGACAAGAAACAAUGUUGUGUUCGUAAAUAUUCAAUUGUAUUAUCGUUCCUUGUAUCAAACAGUGCGAUGACUUGAUAAUAGUGUUUAAAAGAGAGCGAGAGAGAACGAACGAGCGUGUGAACGAGAAAAUAACAUGUGAUAAGUCAUUACGAGAUAAAAGUGACGUCUAGAAUAAGAGGGAAGGGGGGGAAAUAGGAGUAUAUGUGUGAGAGAGAGAAAGAGAGAGAGCAAGUAAAACAAAUAAAACGAAUAAAAUGAAAAUGAAAAUUUUUUUGAUGGAAGUAAAGUCGAUGAGAUAAAAAGAGCAACGAAGAACAGGAGAAAAAAAGAGGAAGAAGUCGAGAAAAGCAAUCGACGCAAUCACUUUCAACAGAGAUGACGUUUCUCUCUCCUGGCGUUUUAGUGUGCGUGAGCGAACGUUAGAGGAUUGUUAAAAUUAGCGUGAGUGUAUAUAUUUAUACUAUAUAUAUAAAUAUAUAUAUAUAUAUAUAAACUAAUAAAUUCGACAUAAUAUAUAUAUAUAUAUAUGGUGUAAAAAGGACAAGCAUUGACAGUGGGAAGCAACUGUGGUGGCUCUAUCCUCGCAUGACCUCCGGCGCCGGUACCGGCAUUCCAUGAAUGCUCGGCCUGUGCAUCAUGUUACUUUAUUCGAAUAUUAACAUUAUUACUUGUAUCAUGAUUAAUAACGGUUAACACACGCGCAUCCAUGCCCACAAAACAUGUACACCGACACGAGUACACGAAGGAGAUUUGAUUGGUUGUUCCUAUUUUGAGACGAGAGUGGGCUUUAUCUAUAAUGCCGGAACGAUAGUCCGAUAGAGAGCGAAGUGAAAAUCGCAUAGAGAGAACGAGAGAGAGCGAGCGCGUGCGUGCGUGCGUGCG